CGCGACCGCCGCCGUCGCCGCCGCUGCGCCUGCUGCUCCUUGCCGUCCCCGCUGCAGUGCGAAGGGCUCGAAGAUGGCCGGUUGGCAGAGCUACGUGGAUAACCUGAUGUGCGAUGGCUGCUGCCAGGAGGCCGCCAUUGUCGGCUACUGCGACGCCAAAUACGUCUGGGCAGCCACGGCCGGGGGCGUCUUCCAGAGCAUUACGCCAGUAGAAAUAGAUAUGAUUGUAGGAAAAGACCGGGAAGGUUUCUUUACCAAUGGUUUGACUCUUGGUGCAAAGAAGUGCUCAGUGAUCAGAGAUAGCCUAUACGUGGAUGGUGACUGCACAAUGGACAUCCGGACAAAGAGUCAAGGUGGGGAGCCAACAUACAACGUUGCCGUCGGCAGAGCUGGUAGAGUCUUGGUCUUUGUAAUGGGAAAAGAAGGGGUCCAUGGAGGCGGAUUGAAUAAGAAGGCAUACUCAAUGGCAAAAUACUUGAGAGACUCUGGGUUCUAGCUGCUAGGCAGACUGUUAAGUAUUAGGGGAAAAUUGCUCUUAAACUUUCCUAGCUGUAAGCUUGAGUCUUAAUUCUGGAAAUUUUAUUAGCAAUGCAGGGUGAUGGGGUAUGAACCUGUGUCUCCUUUGUAUCCCUCUGUUGGUGGGGAAAGGUGUCUUUCUUUCUGCCCCCCCCCUUAAAUAAUUCUGUUCACUUUUGUUUUGUUUCCUUGUGUACUCCAGCAUUGGUUAUAGUCAUGGGGAAGGAAGGUGUCCACGGAGGCACACUUAACAAGAAAGCAUAUGAACUCGCUUUAUACCUGAGGAGGUCUGAUGUGUAAGCAGCCUCUCCCCAUCUUCCUAGCAACUGUCUUCAUCAUCACCCCAAUUAUGGUCACAGAGCUACCUGAUUAUAGAUGGUAGCUAAUUUUUCUUUGCCUAUUUUCUAAUGUCACAAUUCCUGUUUGCCCAGUGGAUCAUUUGUAUGUUAACCACUGUAUGUAACCAACCUUAUCUGGCAACAUAAUUGCAGCACAAUAAUGAUUUGCAUGAUACCUUGAAAUUUGGGGGGAGGGGGCAUGCCAACUUGGGCAUCACUUUGUCUUAGCAAUUAAUGGGAUAUUGAUUACUAAAAUAAGUUAAUAUUAAGCAAGGUGCCGGUUGUACAAUCUCUAAUUUGAUCAAUGUCUUUCAGCACUUUGAGCAUUUACUUAGCUCAUCUAGUCUUCCUUUCAUAGCGCAUGGUUGGGCGGAAAAAGUGCAUGCAUCUUUCCUUCACUCUUUUCCCACCCCCUCCCUUUGCACAUAGGUAUUUGGUUUGCUUCCAUCUUCUUUUAUGCAGUGCCUGGUUUAUUUAACCAAUUAAUAUCACUUUUGUUGAUGAGCUAUUGAGACCUGCAGUAGUUUGCUUUUAGUAUUGUUGUUGCACUUGAGUAGAGACAAACCUUUUAUCACAGUGUCCACAGGACAUACAAGUGCAACUGCAAAACAAGAGCAAAAUGCACUUCCUCCCGUGACCUUAUAGUAACCACACUGAUUGAAUCCCAAGGGACAUUCCAUCAUUGCAAUAGCUCAGAUUUUUGUUCCUGUCUUUUUCUUUGCACACCAGCUCUACUCUUUAGUAAAAUUGUAAAAGGCUGCCAUUAUGGACAUUAGGUAUCCCAACAUAACCAUCUGGAGUGUGUCCAGUUUGUUCUUCAUAGGACCAACUUUUAUUUGCAGCUUGAGUUUUUAUAUAAAGUUGCAUUAUUGUGGACUUGGCUGUCUUGUGAUGAAUUUUUUUCAUAUGUAUUCUGUGCCAUACUAUUGUUAAAAUGAACUGUUGCUAUUGUGAGAUGGAUUUUAACUGACCUAUUAAAGGUUUCUUUCGAAUGGCACUACUUUAGGGACAUUCUAGUAUUUGCUUCUAUUGUUUGGGCCUUGUGGAUAAUGUACAGAUUUAAAAACAAAUCUUGUUGCUGAUUUGUCCAUUUCUUUCCCUGCACUUUGUUACAUCUGGGAUACAGUCUAACUCAUCUGAUUUAAUAUGCAUUUAAAAAAAUGCCAUAACUAUUAAACACCUUGUUUACAGACAGAUGAAAUAAAUUUAUUCCAACCAAA